CUCGUCUUCACGUCAACUACUAGCCGGGAGCGGGCGUGGGGCCGCGACUCCCGGUUGGUGCCAGGAGAUGGCGGUGGGUGGCUGUAAAUGCGCGUAAAGGUGGCUUUUGAUGAUAGCGCCAAAUUCGAUGUCGAUUUUCUCUAGCGUACUUCCCCGAAAGAAGAAGCGGACUCGGACCGCGCGGCCGCGUCUCGAGACCGGGCAAGCGCAGGGUACAUCGUCAUUAGGCUCGCGCGGGGCUUAUGGACAGGUGGGGGGGAGGGUUUUGUGCAUGGUGUGCGGGGCCGGCGCGCGCCCCUAGGCCGACGAGCCCGUCGUCGCGCGGCGCCCCGCGGUCUUCCGGCGGUUUCACUUCACUGAUACGACUCGUCUCCAGGCCCGACCGGCCCCUAGAAGCAGAAGAUCUGGUCGGCCGCGUGGCCGCGCGCCUCGAGCUUGGCGAUGGCGCUCUUGACCAUGGGCGGCGGCCCGCAGCAGAAGACGUAGGUCUCCGGCCCGGGCGGCGGCAUCGUCUUCUCGAGCAUGGGCGCGUCGACGAAGCCCGUGAAGUGCGGCCAGUCGGCCGGCGGCUGGUCGAGCGUGUAGUGGAGGUCCACGGCGCCCGCCGCCGCCGCGUCCUCGAGCUGCUCGCGGCACAGGAUGUCGCCCUCCGUCCGGUUGCCCAGCAGCAGCGAGUACCUGGGCGCGCGCUUGCCCUCGGCCACCGCCGCCGUGAUCAGCUGGAGCAUGGGCGUCAGGCCCGUGCCCCCCGCGAUGAGGCCGGCCCGCUUGCACGUGAUGCGCCGCGUGCCGCCGCCGUGGGCGACGUCGAAGCGGCCCUUGCGGAGGUACUCGAUCUCGCCGAGCGGCCCGCGGAACUCGACGUCCGUGUAGAGCGGGAUGCGGUCGCACAGGUACUGGGAGAGGGCGCCGCCGGUCGGGAAGCGCGGCGGCAGCGGCCGGUAGGCCUUAAUCACGAAGUCGACGUGGCCGCGGACCUCGUCGGCCGUCGCCGGCGUGUACGCGCGCGCGACCAUCUUGCCGUCGCCGUCCUUGCCGUAGAUGAGGACGUGCUUGCCCACCGGCAGGCCCAGCACCAUGUCGGGCGCCGGCAGCGCGAAGCGCAGCCGGAAGGAGUCGUCCGACAGCGCGUCGCGCAGCACGAGCUUGAGCUUGACCUUGCUCUUGCCGAGCGCGACGCGCCGGCCCUGGGCGUCCGUCGGCGCGGCCUCCUCCUCGGCCCGGGCCGUCGCGCCGGCCGCGCUCACGACGCCGAUGCGCCAGGCCUCGAGCUCGGCCCAGGCCUUCUUCGAGUGGAUGGCCUCGAAGUCCUCGGUCGCGUCGGUGCCCGCGACCAUGGUGAUCGACUGCGCGCCGCCGGGGUGGCUCUCGAGGUACUUGGUCGCGUCGUAGACCGCGCCCUUGACGACGAUCCAGCAGUCGUCGGGCCGGUCGUGCUUGGCGACUUCGGCGAGCGUGUAGCUCGGCUCCUGGGGCGUCGCGGCGAGCGCGAGCGACUUGAGGUCCGUCGUCGACGCGGCGAGGCCCAGCGUCUUGAUCUUGGACAGCGCGAGGCCGCCGUCGGCCUCCUCGGCGAUGGCCGCCGCGCGCGCCGCGUGCAUGUCGCGCAUGGCCUCCUUGUACUGCGUCUCGGCCGUGCGCACGGCGCCGCUGCGGCGCCGCGCCUCGGGCGUCAUCCAGCCGCCCGUGGCCUGGCCGGCGAGCGUCGGGUGCUCGAACGUGAGGCGCGCGCCGCCCUCGGCGCACUCGAAGUGCUUCACGACCGUGAACCAGGGGUUGUUGAGCAUGCCCAUGACGUUCCACGUGAGCUCCUUGGGCUGCGUGUUCAUGGCGGCGUCCCACGCGCGGCACGCCACGUUCUCGGCCUUGAGCAGGUCGGCCGUCGGCACGGUGAUGGUCCACAUGCACCAGCCCCAGUACUUGCCGGCGGCCGUCGGCGUGUUCGGCGGGUGCGUCACGUUGCCGUCCUCGACGAGGUGCCACGACUGGCCCCCGUCGAGCGUCACCUCGACGCGGAUGAUCUUGCGGCCGCCGCCGCUGUAGGCGUAGCCCUUGACGUCGUACGUCUCGCCGCACCGGGCCAGGUCCAGCACCUCGCCGUGGCCGGGCCGCGAGAUCGCGGAGUUGAUGCCCAGCUCGUUGAUGAUGUAGUCGGGCUUGAACCACCAGCCCUCGGCCUCGGCCUGCUCGGGCGUCACGUUCACGGGCAGCACGCGGUUGUCCUUGAAGUGGUAGUGGUUGUCCGAGCACGCGUCGCUCACGCUGAUCUCCGAGAGCCACUUGAUCAUGCGCCCGCCGAUGAAGCCGGGGAUGAUGAUGCGCACGGGGAAGCCGUGGUCCGCCUGGAGCCGCUGGCCGUUCUGCUCCCAGCAGACCAUGACGUCGUUGGACUUGUCCAUGGCGUAGCGCAGCGGCACGGACGUGCCGUAGGAGCCGUCGGCGCCGGCGGGCAGCUCCUUGACGGGCCCGCGGAAGCAGACGUGGCGGCCGUCGUCCCACGUCGCCGGGUCCGUCGAGACGCCGUGGGCGGCCAGGACAUCGGCGAGGUGGCAGCCGCCCCACGUCGACAUGCCGAGGCCGGCGGCGCCCCAGUUGAAGCCGAUCGUGCGCUUGACCAUGUUCUGCUCCUUGCGGCGGUUGCCCGCGCAGACGAGGAGCACGGGCCGCUCGACGAAGGGCAGCUUCCGGAAGUCCGCGAGCGAGAGCGCCGCCGUCGAGGCGACGCCGUGGCCCGCCGGCAGCGCGACGCGCCACUCUCUUUCAAUCUUCAAAAUGUCGCUCUCGCCGGCGUAGGCGACGGGGACCUUGCCGUGGUUGCGCACGUAGUGGAUCGAGGCCGGCGUGGAGUGGCCGUGCGCCAUGAGCAGCGGCAGCGGCGGCUCGACGUUGAACGGGUGCUUGCCCGUGAGGCGCACCUGCGUGGACAUCAACCGGUGUGUCGGGCGCGCCCGAUGACUCUUCACGAAGUCAUUUCUCGACGAUGACGCGGCCGUGUUGGCUCCGUCGAGCGGUGAGGAAUCGACACCGCCACGCCGUCGAGCAGGCGUCGCGUCGAUGGCGCGGAGGUCAUGAUGCGGCCGAGGGCGGAGAUGCGCCGCGACGUUUGAUUUCCACACGGAGGCGCACCAGGGCGGGGUGGCGCUUGACCCACUUGUCGGGCGUCGUCGCAUCUUUGGGGUCGGGCACGGGGUACUCCUCGGGCGCGCGCGCCUCGGCCUUGGAGGGCUGCUUCAUGGACUUGCUCGUCGGUGGCACGCACAUGGUGCGCGCGGCGCGCGGGGGGGCUGCCCGACGCGCGGGCGGGGGCGGGGCUGGCGGAGGCGCUGCCGGGGCGUGUGUGCGCGGCUGCCGGGCGGGCCACUACGCAACUGCACGUCGUACCAGGGUGUGUUUUUUCCCUCGCACCAAAUGCUGACAAGUUAG